AUGGUGCGCAAAGUAGAGCAAUGCUUGAAGCGCCUAUGGAAAAUGAACUUGGUGGGCUGCAUUGAAACUCUGGCAGGACUGAUUCCCAAGAAAAAUACACCCCAAGCCCAUGCAGAGUGCUUAGUUCCCAGCCAGCCUACACUGGAAACAGUGGCUCUGAAGGUGUUGGGAGGUUGCAAGCUCAUACUGCGUCUACUGGACUGUUGCUGUAAAGCUUUUCUCUUGUCCGUUCAACAUCUCUGCUCGGGAGAAUUCAUACUUUUGAACACUGUGGCUUCGGGGUUGUUGAGCCGGCUACGGAUUCAGUACAGAUGUGUAUUGCAGAGCCUCAUUGCCUUGUAUGGCACAUUGUCGACAUCACUUCAUCUGGUAUCUGAGACCCAACAGAUGCCUUAUAUCAAGGGGUUUACCUUCCCUUCUGAUAUCAGUAACUUUCUUGGAGUGAAUAUUUUUUCUGAGGUGAAGAACCAAAAGGUUAAAAUACUUAAAACAAAAAAACCUACCAGCUGGCUGAAGAAGCUCUUCCCAACAAUGCCAGAGGCAGCAUCAGAAGUGGGGAAAAAGAGAAAUUUUGUGACUUGCACGAGUGCUGUGAAAAAGAGUAGCAUCCCAUGCCCUGGGGACAUUGGAGAGCCAGUUCUGGUGACCAGAGCCAGCAGAGGGAAGCACUUGGCCUUUGAUGUGAAGAGCUUACUUAGACCAUCCAGACCUCUAACGCAACAGGGUAUAAGCGUUGCAUCAACACCUUCCAAAGCAAAAUCAAAAUCAACAUCACUUUCCUCUCGUAUAGCAAAAUUGCAGCAUACUGGAGCUCUUGUACAGAUGGUGCAAACAGCUAUGUCAUUUGGGGAAUUGUCAGAGGCACUCAGAAAAGCUAUUUUGUGGUGCAAAGGCAACAAAUUCAAAUCGGAAGCUUAUUUUCUGCGUAACAAGUUGUUGAAAAGCAACCGGCUGCACCACGUGGAGGCUCAAGGAUGCAGCUUGAAGAAAAAACUGUGCUGUGUCAAAACAUCUGUCCGUAAAUACCUCCUAUACGGGUUACAAAACAUGUGCUGGCCAAAGCGGUACCUUGGGGUACGGUUCUGUCGAAGGAGGAUCAAAUCAUCCGUGCGCUUGAAGAGAACUCUGAAGACUGUUCGGCAAAAUCCUUCUGAGCUUUUUGGGGUCUGUGAGAACAGUGCAUCACUUAUCCUCCCAGCUUACCAGGAUGGGCCUCUGAGUUGGGAAGGACGUUCCAAUGCUGAUACAGCCUCUCUCGACCUAAGCACAGCUGGGACACCUAAGCAGCUGCUGCGGGAAGGAAGUCUUGGCCCUGUGUGGAAAGAAGCUACUGAGAACAUGGAUAUUGAUUCUAUUUUUGCAGCAAUGGGUGUCUGA